AUGGCUGCGCAUCAAGCCACCGUCCCCAGUACGGUAACGCCAACGCCAUCGCCGUCAGCCGCAGUAGAGCAGGUUGUGCAAAACGAAGUCCUCUCAUAUACAACAGGUACAACUGAACAGGCACCCCUACCAGCAUUGCUUGGGGUUGGCGAUCAGCCUAGCCACCCCUUCUCUAGCAUAGCUAGCUGUUAAUCUAGGUUCUCGUGUGACCGCUAAAAUCAAAGCGAAAAUCUGGGCAAAUGAAUAUAUUGACUUUGGGGCACUGCUCUCUGUCGCACCCCCUCGAGAAAAGUUUGCUCUUUCCAUGGUUUUCAGUGGGGGUGCUGUAAAUCAACCACAGUUAACUCUCGAGCCUUAUCAAACACCGAAAAAGGUGACUAAUAUCAGCCAGUGGCUCACCGCUUUUAACACGUUUGUAUCCAUUUAUUCCGUAAAAUGUUCCCAGGAUGCCCCUAAGCUAAUGAAAUAUUGCGAAGUGGUGCGUGACCUUGCUAAUAAGUCUGGGGACUGGAUUUUCUAUGAUGAGCAGUUUCGUUAUUUGCGACAAUCGUCUCCUGAACUUUACCCGUGGGAUCAAAUUCAUUGGGAGCUAUGGCUACGUGCCAUGACUAAUUUUGGAGCCAAAUCACAAUCUUUCACCGGUAGUGAUGGGACAACCCCGCUGGGGCGAUUUCGAACCUCCACUCCCCCCUUUCCUAGGGGGACCUGUUGGUCAUUUCAUUCA